AUGCUGUUUGAUAAGACUGGAAUGUAUCUUGUUGUUGGAGGUUUGACUGGAUUGGGAUGGGAAUGCGUCUUGUAUUUGGCUAGCAAAGGAGCAGGAUGUGUUGCAAUUCUCAGUAGACGUAAUCCUACCGAUGACAAAAAAGCAGACAUUGAACAGAUAUCCAAGGACUAUGGAUGUAGUGUGACAUCAGUGCAAGCUGAUGUUCAGGAUAUCAGUGCGCUGAAAUCAGCAUUGUCGGAGUUGAAAACUAGUUUCCCGAUGUUCCCAUUGAAAGGGGUGUUCUUUUGGUCUGCUGUGCUUGAGGAUGGACUACUUCCGGGCAUGACAAGAGAGAAGUUCCACACAGCUUCUUCUCCCAAGGUUGCUGGAUCCUGGAACCUGCAUCUCCUGACAGAGUAUCUCCCACUGCACUACUUUGUGCUGUUUUCGUUUGUAACACCGGUCUUUGGAAACGCUGGACAAUCAAACUACAGUGCUGGGAAUGGUUUUAUGGAUGGCCUUGCGCAUGUGCGGAAUAAAAAUGAUGUUGACGUUGUCCCACUUAAUAUUAUGGCUGGGGUGGAUUUGAGUGUCAACGUCAACAUCUUAACAAGAAACCAGAAAGACUUCAAGCUCAGAAAAUUUAGAGAAGCCAUUGACAUCAAAAGAAUUCAGCCAGCCAUAAACAGAGAUCAAGGAUACUACAUCCCUCCAGCUUACCAUGAUCUCAUCAGCUCGCCAAAACAACACUGA